AUGUCGUCGGCGAGCGAUGGGACUUCGCGCGCGCCGGGGGAGGUGACGUUCGAGGACCUGGGCGUCGGCGCGAAGCUGCGGCGCGCGUUAUCGCGGGCGGGCGUGGAGACGCCGUCUGUGGCGCAGCGAAGCGCGAUGCCGGCCAUCUCGCGAGGGGAGAACGUGGCGAUACAGUCGCACACGGGGAGUGGGAAGACGCUGGCGUAUCUCUUGCCCGUGAUUUGUGAUAUGUUCGACGAGGGGACGGGGACCGUGCGGGCAGACGUCGGAAGCGGCGUGCGGUGCGUGAUCGUCGCGCCGUCGCAGGAGCUGGCGAUGCAGAUCGUGCGUCAGGUGGAGAAGAUUUUAGGGGAUUUGGGACGACAGAUCACGCAGCAGGCGAUCGGUGGGGCGAACGCGAAGAGGCAGGAGGAGGCCAUUCGGAAGAAGCGGCCGCUGAUAGUCGUCGGGACGCCAGGGAGAUUAGCCGAGCUCUCACGGUCGGGGAUCUUGCAGACGCACGGCGUGCGGUUGCUCGUCGUCGAUGAAGCUGACGAUCUAUUGGCGAGUAACUUCAGGCGGGACAUGGCGAGAAUCAGCGAGCACACGGGAAAGGGCGUUCCGGGUGGUAGACAGACGGUAAUCGUGAGCGCGACGUUGAAGCAGGAGACGCUCGACGCCUACUCCUAUCUCGCUCCGAACUUGAGACACAUCGUGGCGACGUAUGAUACACCCGUAUCGAGACCGUUGAGCGCGGAAGGUGAGGAAGAGACGAAAGAGGACGCGAACAUCGUCGCGGCGAGAGACGAGAAGAGCGCAUCGGCGGCUGCGCAGCAAGAGCUCAAACAAGGUGUCGUCAGCCUUCCGCCGCACAUCACGCACUGCUCCGUCAUCGCCGAUCGCCAGCGUAAGGUCGACGAGCUGCGUCGUGCCAUUUACGCGACGGACGUGCAGCGAGCGCUGAUUUUUUGCAACUUCGGUCGUCGCUUGCAAGACGUGCAAGCCAAGCUCGGAGCGCGCGGUAUGCGCGUGGGAAUCCUGCACGGAGGCAUGGAUAAGAUGGAGCGCCAGAAAGAACUCGCCGCAUUCCGUCGAGGUGAUUUCAGAGCGUUGGUCGUCUCUGAUCUCGCGGCACGUGGAUUGGACGUUGACGACUGCGACGCCGUGUUCAAUCUCGAGCUUCCGACGGACGAGACGCACUACGUGCACCGCGCCGGUCGGACAGGUCGCAUGGGAGCUCCGGGCGUGGUCGUCACCAUCGCCGAGCCUUCAGAAGCGUUCGUUCUUCGCCGGUUCGAGCAGAAUCUUGGGGUGAGGAUUAACGACGUAGCGACGCGCGGCGGCGAGGUCGUUCGCGCGCCGUCGGAUGGUGAAAGACGCGGCGGCGGAAGAAGCGGUGGACGCGGCGCGCGAGGCGGCGGUGCGCGCGCCCCUCGAAGACGUGAGGGUGACGUUUAA